CCAAAUUCAAUUUGAAAUGGAUUUUCCUUACGCAUUUAAUUUACUGUUUGACGUAAUAAUCGCGCGGAUAGUCAGCUGCAAGUUAUUUUUAAACUGUUUUAUAACAAAAACCGUUUUGCACUAGAAGGUUGUCAGUAGAAAAAAUGCCAAAUAUUAUUAACGAAAUCAAGUUGGACUUUAAGGAUGUGCUGUUGAGACCUAAAAGAUCGACUUUGAGGAGUCGUAAUGAUGUAAAUCUCCAUCGUCACAUAACGUUCAGGAACUCGAAACAGACCUACAAUGGAAUUCCCGUUAUGGCCUCAAAUAUGGACACAGUGGGCACUUUUGAAAUGGCCAAAGUCCUCUCGAAGCACGAUUUGUUCACUUGCGUGCACAAAUACUAUACUGCGGACGAAUGGAAAAAAUUCGCCGAACAAAACCCCGACGUCCUAAGAAACGUUGCGGCAAGUUCGGGAAUGUCCGAAAACGAUUUCAACCGAUUAGCCGAAAUCAUCAAAGCCGUGCCUGGAAUUUUGUUCAUUUGUCUCGACGUCGCCAACGGCUACUCGCAACAUUUUGUCGACUUUGUGCGCAGAGUCAGAGCCGCUUUUCCCUCGCACACAAUCAUUGCUGGCAACGUUGUAACAGGAGAAAUGGUCGAAGAACUAAUUCUAUCAGGAGCUGACAUAAUCAAAGUUGGCAUCGGACCGGGUUCAGUCUGCACUACAAGGAUGAAAACGGGAGUAGGCUAUCCGCAACUGUCAGCUGUCAUUGAAUGCGCAGAUGCGGCUCAUGGCCUACAGGGGCACAUCAUUUCGGAUGGCGGUUGUACUUGUCCAGGCGACGUUGCGAAAGCUUUCGGAGCCGGUGCCGAUUUCGUAAUGGCCGGCGGUAUGUUUGCCGGCCACGACCAGUGCGAGGGGGAAGUAAUCGAAAAAAAUGGCAAAAAGUUCAAAUUAUUCUAUGGUAUGAGCUCGAGCACUGCCAUGCAGAAGCACGCGGGCGGCGUUGCCGAAUAUCGUUCGUCAGAGGGUAAGACUGUGGAGGUUGCUUACAAAGGGGACGUCCAGGAUACGGUUUUGGACGUUUUGGGAGGCUUGAGGAGCGCUUGCACUUACACCGGAGCUGGGAAGCUGAAGGAGUUGCCUAGGAGAGCCACGUUCGUCAGGUGCACUCAGCAACUGAACACGAUUUAUAGCUAAACUGGCAUUAGAAUCUCAAGGAUUUUAACAGUAUUACAAAAAAAACGCCAUUUUUAACAUCUAUUUUUGAAAAUGUUUUACUAUAGUAUUUCGCUUGCAUGUAUUUUUUUAUAAUUUAUUUUUGGCUUUUAUUUACAGGAAACGUCGGCACGUACAAGUAUUUCUACAAUUAUCGAAUUGUGCCUUAUUUCGGUUUUAUCUUCUGUAAAAGUUUAUUGUUGAUAGACUGUGGUGUAUUCACAAAAAUAAAGUUGUUAUUGAGUUUAA